AUGGUGAUUAUGGUGGUGAUGAUCAAGCUCGCAAUUUUUGCCCUCUCUGUUGCCGUGGCUUCGGCCAACACAGACGCCAACUGGCUUAUCUUCAAAGCCAAGUAUAACAAAGAAUACAGUUGUCGCCUGGAGAAACAAUCGUCUGUAACUGUAAGCAUUAAGUCGAGUUUCUUGGAGGAGGGUCAAGUCGUGGGCUCUGUCGGAAACUACGGCUGUGGUGGAGGUUUCGAGGUGCGAGCAUUCCAGUACGUAAUUGACAACAAAGGUAUUGACACUGAAGAGAGCUACCCAUACAAGCCAGAAGACCGUCCCUGCCACUUCAAGCGGGCGGGAGUAGGUGCCACAGCGCAGGCCUACGUAAACGUAACAAGCGGUAGUGAGGAUGCCCUUCAAAAGGCUGUUGCCGAGGUGGGUCCCAUCAGCGUUGCCAUUGACGCCAGUCACCCUAGCUUCCAGCAAUACAGCGGUGGUGUGUAUGACGAGCUUGGGUGCAGCACUACCGACUUGGACCAUGCUGUUUUGGCUGUGGGAUACGGCACCCAAGAUGGGAAAGAUUACUGGAUCGUUAAGAACAGCUGGACCACUUCAUGGGGCAUGGACGGUUACAUUUUGAUGAGCAGGAACAAGGACAACCAGUGCGGUAUUGCUACUGAUGCGAAUUAUCCUACUGGAGUCAACUAAUAUGUUAUUAAAUUUGGCACGAUAACUGUUUUAUUACUUUUUUCAAGAUGCUGUAAUAUUUGUGCACAUUUCAAUACGUUGGCUUUAUGAUUUUUGUUAAUUUUACUUUUGAAUAAAAUUAUUCUUUGAAGUAACAAUCCACAUUAUGGUUGAU